CAGCUGUUCAGACAUCUGUCAGGAGUGUCAGGUCAAUGAACAAAAAAUAUCAACAUAAACAGAAAAUAUUUUAUUCUCAAAGUUUAUUACAAAUGUUAUAAUUUAAUUCAAUCUACCUUUUACAAAAUAAAGAACUAAUUGUCAAAUACAAUAAACUUAAACAAUGUCCGAAGACCAAGGAUUAACAGAUUCUCCAAUUAGAGGCCCCACACUAUCAACUUCUACCUCUAGUUUCGAAGCAUUAGAUCCUCACGAUCCAAACCUGAGCCAAUUGGCCAACACCUUAUUUAGCAAAACUUCUGAAUAUUUGUAUGGUGAAUUGACAUCAACAUUAGAUGAUUACAGACUUUUGGAAAAUAUGAAUCAAUCGGUAAUAACCAAAUAUUCAGAUAUGAAGAAUCUCGCCAUUAACGUAAAGAAGAGCAUGAACGAACUAAAUGAGAAAUAUGAUUCUUUGGUUCCUUUAUUACAACAAAUAGACAAUAUAGAAGUCAGUGUGAUAAAAUUGGAACAGGCUGCAUACAAAUUGGAUGCCUAUGGAAAGAGAUUGGAAGCAAAAUUCAAAAAUUUAGAAAAACGUUAACAAUUGUUUUAUUUUUAAAU